AUGCAAACCGAGCUCCUUCAUUGCCCACCCGAACACGAGAGUGGAAUGAGCUCUGGAGUGGGUUCAAGGCGAAAUUCUGACAUGUCCGAGCAAGAGCAAACGAUUGAUGAUCGAAAAUCGACAGAGCCUCUUUCAUCCCAACAAAGGAUCGCCAAAUGUUACCGAGAGAUUCUCUUGCAUGUGGGUGAAGAUGCUGAUCGACAAGGCCUUUUGAAAACCCCAGAACGGGCAGCUAAAGCAAUGCUGACUUUCACGCAAGGAUAUGAGCAGAAUUUGGAUGAGCUUCUCAAUGAGGCAAUUUUCGACGAAGAUCAUGAUGAGUUGGUGAUUGUGAAGGAUAUUGAUAUGUUCUCUCUUUGUGAACAUCAUCUUGUUCCGUUUAUGGGAAAAGUUCAUAUUGCUUAUUUACCCAACAAACGAGUACUUGGUUUGUCAAAAUUGGCUCGAAUUGUCGACAUGUUCAGUAGAAGAUUGCAAGUGCAAGAACGUCUGACGAAGCAAAUUGCGACAGCUAUCUCGGAGGCAGUACAACCACAUGGAGUGGCUGUAGUCAUCGAGGCUAGUCACAUGUGCAUGGUGAUGAGAGGAGUGCAGAAAAUGAACGCGACAACGACCACGUCAUGUAUGUUGGGAGAGUUUCGAGACAAUCCGAAGACAAGAGACGAAUUUCUUUCACUCAUUCGAACGUGU